AGAGGCCUAUGCGCAUGCGCAGGGCGACGGCGAGGCCAGGCCCUGGAGCGGUGGCGGGGCCGCGCCAUGAGCGCCUGGUAGAGGGGCUGCGAUGAACCUGCGCGGCUUCUUCCAGGACUUCAACCCCAGCAAAUUCCUUAUUUAUGCCUGCCUGCUGCUCUUCUCUGUGCUGCUUUCUCUACGUCUGGAUGACAAAAUUCAGUGGAGUUACUGGGCUGUGUUUGCUCCAAUAUGGCUGUGGAAGUUAAUGGUGAUUGUUGGUGCCUCAGUGGGAACAGGAGUAUGGGCCCGAAACCCACAGUAUCGAGCAGAAGGAGAAACCUGUGUGGAGUUCAAAGCUAUGUUAAUUGCAGUAGGCAUCCACCUGCUACUGCUUAUGUUUGAAGUCCUGGUGUGUGAUAGGAUUGAAAGAGGAACCCAUUUCUGGCUUCUGGUCUUCAUGCCACUGUUCUUUGUGUCUCCAGUCUCAGUUGCAGCUUGUGUGUGGGGAUUCCGACAUGACAGGUCCCUGGAGCUGGAAAUCUUGUGUUCAGUCAAUAUUCUGCAGUUCAUAUUUAUUGCACUCAGACUAGAUGAGAUCAUCAGAUGGCCAUGGCUUGUUGUCUGUGUUCCACUGUGGAUCUUGAUGUCCUUCCUGUGCCUCGUUGUCCUCUAUUACAUCGUGUGGUCUGUGCUGUUCCUGCGCUCCAUGGAUGUGAUUGCUGAGCAGAGGAGGACACACAUAACCAUGGCUGUCAGCUGGAUGACAAUUGUAGUUCCACUGCUCACAUUUGAGAUCUUGCUAGUACACAGACUGGAUGGGCAUAAUACUUUUUCUUUCAUACCCAUAUUUGUUCCUCUCUGGCUUUCACUGAUAACAUUAAUGGCAACAACAUUUGGACAAAAAGGAGGCAAUCACUGGUGGUUUGGAAUUCGCAAAGACUUUUGCCAGUUCCUGCUUGAAAUUUUCCCGUUUUUGAGAGAAUAUGGAAAUAUCUCUUAUGAUCUUCAUCAUGAAGAUAAUGAAGAGACAGAAGAAAUGCCACUGCCCGAACCACCAAAAAUUGCACCAAUGUUUCGAAAAAAGACUGGAGUGGUCAUUACACAGAGUCCUGGAAAAUAUGUGAUUCCACCUCCCAAGUUAAACAUUGAUAUGCCAGAUUAAGAUGACAGUAGCAUAUUAAACCUGAAUUGGUCAUCAGCAGACAGAUGUAUUUCAUCUCAUGCCUUGUCCCAAUUCCUUUAAAAUAGGUAUUGCUGAAUCAGUGGCUUGGAUUACACAGAUCAGAAAUCUUGAAGAUAAUCUGAAUGCUUUUCCAGGAAUAUGUGGUUGUCUAAUUUGUGAACCUUCCUAACAGGUUGGUUGCACGCUUGCCUGUAUAGUAUUUAUAUGAACAUUUUUAGCAGUGUAAUAUAUUGUUUAAAAGUCCUGUUGUGUACAGUGUAAGUAUUAUCCAAAAGUAUUUUUUUAAAAACCCUCUAUGAAAUGCCUGUGCUAUUCCAGGUGUCUUUUAGGUCCUAAAUAUACACUUGUUUUCAUGUUUCUCUUAAAUGCUUUGGGAUGCCUUAGCAUAGUACCUCUUUACUUCUUUCUCUGUUCAGCCACAAUCAUUGUCUCAACCACAGAGGCACAAGGGUGUUGAACUUCUGAGGUAAUACUGGAAAGCUUUUUUUUGGGGGGAAAGUAGAAUAUACAGUGACUUACAUUAUGCUCUUGAGUAAGCUAUGUAAGUUUUCAUGUACGUAUUUCAACUUGUGCUGGCUUGGGAGUUACAUGUUGUUUUUGUUGCUUUUCAGUUUCAUGUUUUGAUUCUUCCUGAGCAGCAUGUACCAUUCUCCCAUUAGGCUGGCUGUUUAAUAAGCUGUUCCUCCUUGCAUUGUGUGGUCUAUGCCAGAAACAUUUGUGGUAGGUUUCACAGCUGUUAGUUAGCUGGUAUAAAUAUCAUAGCUUGGUUUUUGUUACCAACUUUGUGUUGGGUCAGUGUAAAUGAUUAAACUUUUCAAGAUAGGA